AUAAAAAUAAUAGUUAUAAUGGCUGAACCCAACGGACCUCAAGACAUUGAGUCAAAACCUACAGAAAAUACGGAUAAAAGUGUGUCCCAUGGACAUGAAUACGAGGAAGUGCUUAAAUUGCUCGGGUUUGGUCGAGUGCAAUGGAUUGUGCUCCUUGCAGCAGGACUUUUGCUAAUGAUGGUCAUCAAUGAAACCAUGUCCAUGUCUUACAUAACCAUUGUAUCACAAUGUGACUUUGCAACAAAUUCAAUGGACAAGGCCAUAAUGAGUGCAGCCAGUUUUAUUGGCAUAUUCUUUUCAUCAUACAUAUGGGGCUACCUUAGCGAUUCUAUUGGACGUAGACCCAUUUUGAUAUACACCACAUUUACCGGUAAUAUUUUGUCCUUGGUUUCCAUAUUUAUUCCUAACUACUGGAUUUAUGUUGUUGUGCGAUUUUUUGUUGGCUUCUUUAUUGCUGGUGCGUCUUCCACAACGUACGCCUAUCUGGGAGAAUUUUAUACACCCAAACAUCGUCCAGUAGUUAUUAACUAUGCCAGUAUGUUUGUUGGUGUUUCAGCAGUUUAUGUGCCAGCUGUUGCGUGGCUGGUUAUGUCCAUGGAUUGGAGCUUUGAAAUAAUUGACGGAUUUUUAUUCCGUCCUUGGCGCUUGCUUACUAUUUUUUAUAUGCUGCCCGGUCUGUUGGGAACAUUAAUGCUCUUAAACUUACCAGAAAGUCCUAAAUUCUUAUUGGCAAAGGGAAAAACUGAUGACGCCUUUGCUGCCGUCAAUUGGAUUUCAAUGAAGAAUACGGGCAAGGAACUGCACGAGUUCAAAGUGAAGAUGUUGCUGGUACAAGAAACAGCUGAGGAUGAGAAUGCAUUAAGUGUUUCCAACUCUACUGUGCAAGUUAUUAAAAAAAUGUGGAUGGAAACACUGCCGUUGUUUAAAAAGCCGCAUUUGCUUAACUUUAGCAUAAGCUGCACUAUUAUGUGCGGGCUUUUCUUCAGUUCGUCGGGCAUGGGCUUGUGGUAUCCGGAAAUACUUAAUCGCUUGGGCUCCAGUGACAUAGAGGACGCUACGACAGUUUGCGAAGUCAUCGAUGCUUCCAUAGAUCAAUCGCAUCUUAAUAGCACAAUUAGCGCUUGCAGCGAUGAAAUAAAUACGAAGAGCUAUAUAGAUACUAUUACUUAUGGCUCCUCCUUAAUUGUGGGCUAUAUUAUAAUGGGCUUUGUGCUUAAUCACAUCGGACGCAAGUCAGCAAUAACAGGUGGGCUGGCUAUAGCUGCUAGCUGCGCUUUACUGCUGGUCUGGAUGAAGGAUGAAAUCGCUAUUGUCGUCUGUUUCUGCUUAUACUUGGUGCUGCCUAGUCUGUGUAUAUCGGUGCUGAGUGGUGCCGUGGUUGAUCUGGUGCCAACACAUUUGAGAGGUAAAGCAGUUUGCAUCUGCUUGAUGGUUGGACGCACUGGCAGCGUAUUUGGCAGCAAUAUUAUUGGAGUGCUCUUGGAGUCAUAUUGCAUUUUAACAUUUGGAGUGUUCUCUGGAUUUGUUUUGUUUUGUGCCUUGCUGACAUUGCUGUUACCUAUAUAAGAUUAAUUAUUGUUAAGCAAUAUAUAAGAAUAAAUGUUAAAAUUAAAACUGCC